AUGCCGAAAAGAAAAAUCAUUCGUGAUCCUGUUGAAGAAGAAGCAUUUAAAAGAGCUAAACUCGAUAAAAAAAAUGCUACUCAACGGUUAAAAAGACAUAACUGUAAAAAACAAGAUCCUACUCGCGUGAUAGAUUUGGAUAGGUGUGAAACCAUUACACUUAAUGCUUCAGAUGUCGAAAAUAACCCCUCCACAUCUUAUGAAAAUGUAGAUAAUCAUUUGGAUUUUGCUGCCAUCGAUGACGGUGCCUAUAAUCGUGGAUGUAUUGUCAAGGAAAAACAUGUCAUCAACGAGCAUUAUUUAGGUCUUAUGAAUUUCAUAUGUCGUCAUUGUGGUGCACAUCAUUUUUCUAAAGAACAAGUGGCUAACAAAAAAGAUUCGUUCAAUGAUUGUUGCAGUCAUGGUGAAGUGGCACUUGCCGAUUUACCGCAAUCUCCAUCAGUAUUGAAAAAUCUCUUUGACGGAUCCCACGAAAAAUCCCGACAGGUAUACUAUCAAAUUAAUGAAUCUCUAUAUCCUGAAUCGGGUGACCGUCCUACAAAUGGACAAUUAUUUAUAAUCGACGCAGCUGAAGCAUCGCAAUAUAGGUGUGAUCAAAACAAUAAAUUAGAUAUCGACGUUGUUAGUAGCAUCGAAUCAAUCAUAAGAGAACAUAACAUAUUCGUAAAUUCUUAUGAAAUGAUGAAAGACGAAAUAAAUGCAGAAAAAUCCAAAGACAACAAUUCAGAACCUGAAUUACAAUUAUUAUUUCAAUUAAAGAAAGGUAUGGAUCGAGGCCGGUACAAUUUUCAAAGAGUUAACGAAGUAGCAGCGGUUUUUUCAACCACUGCUGAUGGACAAAUUCCAGAAUCAUAUGUAACGAUUAGAAAUAGAACUACAAAACAAUUAGCAUAUGUUAGCAAUAUGGACCCUAAUGUAGAAACAUGGAUUUAUCCAUUAUUUUAUCCUUAUGGAACUCGGGGUUGGGAUCAAAAUCUCACCUGCGUGAACAAAAUAAAGAAGAGAGUGUCUCGAAAUGCCUACAUCAAAUUUCGCAUGGCUUUACGCAAUGAUUUCAAUGUUUUUUUAUUUGGUAGGAGAUUGUUUCAACAAUGGGUAGUAGAUAGCUACGUAAAAAUCGAAAAAGACAGAAUUAAUUGGAACCGAGAUCAUCAAAAAGAAUUGAGAGCUGAAUCAUAA